AUUAAAGUAUAUACUUUAAAGUAAAUAUAUCAUUAAAGUAUAUACAGCAAUCACAGUCUUUCCCUUCAUCAUCUCUAUUGACGCGCACUUCAGUUUCUGUUCACUGUUAUAUUUCUUAAUCAUAUUAUUUACAGCUGUCAGGAGACCUUGUCCUGAAUCUCCACCAUAGCUCUUCUGGAAUACUUUGCCAUACAGUCUGGGAAAACAGACAUCUGUGCAUGAAUAUUUAUAUUGAGUAGAGCAUGUGGAAGAAUUAUAUUGUCACUUAUGAGCACUGCAUUGUCUUACGGACUUAUUUUUUAAAACUGAUGUAAAUGAGUGACCAUCACUUCUUGUGGAAAAUCAAAUAAUUUUGGUGCCAAGAGGUUUGUCAGAAAAAUAUCCUCAUCUUACUCCAAUUUUACUUUACAUUACAACCUUCUGAUCUAUGAUGAUAAGUUGCUUUAUUUAAUUUGAUCACAUAUACAUCAUUUCUUUCCAUAAAAAAACACAAAAAUGACCUUACUUGAAAGUAUAACAAGACUUUCCUUACUUGUUCACAAAACUCAAGUCUGGACCAACUGAAUGGUCAGAGACCAAAUGCAUGUAAUUGGCUGCGUGCUCCAUGUGAAGAUUAAAUUGUGGCCUUUAGCAAAUGAAUCUUUGAAUCUGUGAAUUGUGUGUUCUGAGACAUCCCAGUGCUGCAUUACUUUGGCAUUGCCUGUGAUUGGAGGAGUAUGCAUAUGCUCGAUACACACAAUCAUCGGCAGAGCUGGCAAAUGAUGGUCACUGCCUUUUUCCUGGAACAAAACAGUUAGAUAUAUACAUAUGUCACAAAACCACACAAAAGGUUGAAUAACAUUGAUGUAGAUAUGGUAUGACAGAUUUAUGGCAUAGUAGAAUCUCAACACACACAGAAAGUAAGACUGAUAUUAGAGACAGAACUUACAUGGGAGUUGCUUUGACUGUCAAGGUCAUGUAUGUAAGCUAGGUAAUUUGCAUUUUUGGAAUUUGGCUUUUCAUCUGCUGUUUUACUUCUUGGUAAAGUGUUGUGCUGACACCUGUAAUAGGUUUUCAGUGGGGUUCCUUUCCCAGUAACUUAGGCAGUGGUUUUUAGGCGCCAUGUAAUCUGGACCUUUUUCUUGUGUGGCAAGGUGGUGCUGUGGUCCUAUGCUCUCAAGGAGUAACAAGGAAUAAACAAAGCAAAAUAAAGAUAGUAAAUACUUAUGAGUAGUAUUAAUUAUCUUUGGCGUCACCCUCCUUUUAACAACAUAAUGAAAUGCUGUUGUUGUUUGAGAAUUAGACAAGCAGAAAACAGUAAUGCUAAGUGCAUAAUAGCAAUACAUCCUUUUAUGGAUGAUUCUGUUGUUUUCUAAAAUCUUAUAAAUUCUCGUCUUGUUUUUGUUAAUUUUUUUUCAAACAUUAAUAAUAACAAAUACCUUUUCAUCAUAUUUUUGAUUUAAUAAUUGUCAUUAAUGAGUAAAGAAUUUUUUAUGCAAUAAUGAGACAACAAAAAGCAUCAGUCUCAUUUUGAAACCAUUGGAAAAAAAGAAUUAAACCUUUAUUUGGGAACCUGAUAUAUAUAUAGUCAAAUGUACAUCUUAUAGAUUUUUACUGGUCGAAAAAAAUAUAGGAAGACAACUAUACUGUUUUAUGGGAAGAAAGAAACGGAAAAACACCCAGAUGGAUGGACUGAUCAAAUAGGAAUUGAAUUUGAUGAGUUCUAGGAUUUUAUGAUUGGUCCAAACUCAUAAUAAACCUAAAUCAGUGGGUUUUUAAAAAGUCACUUUAUUAUCCGUUCAUCCUCCUGUCUCUGUAUGCUGUAUAUCCACUUUUUGUCUUUUCCUCAAAGUUUGUUACAUCUGUGUGUGCCCACCCUCGCCAUGGAGAGCUCAGCGAACCGUCAGGUGGAUUUCACCGUCGACCAUUCCAAAGUGAAGCCUGCGGAGUUCGAAGGUCAAUUCUUUCCCGAAACCUGCGACGAGCCCGUGGGAUCGCGCAUGCGCAAAAUAAAAGACUUGGAGAUCCGGCCUGCUGACGUCAUGCUCUGCUCCUACCCCAAAUCAGGUACUCACUGGGUGUACCGCAUGAUGGACAUGUUGCUGCAUGGGGCCGCGGAGUACCGGCGGGAGGCGGCUCCCGAACACACCUUCCUGGACAUGCAGAGGAUCCAGAACCUGCCCCACGUGCCCUCUCCCCGCAUCCUCAUCACACACCUGCCCUUCGGCCGCCUGCCCCGCCAAGUGGAGGACAAGCGCACCAAGAUAGUGUACGUGUACCGCAACCCGAAGGCGGUGCUUGUGUCCUUUUAUUUUCAGAUGAAAGAUUCAACGGUGUUUGAAAGAAGCGGCAUGAAGGACAUGACAGUGGACAGGUUUGCGGAGCUGUUCCUUUCUCCACAAGUACUGUUUGGAGGGCUGUUCAACCACUGGGACGAAGUGGCGACAUUCCAAAGUGAUCACCCAGACGUUCCAGUCUUCAGAAUCUCUUAUGAGGAGAUGUCUCUGAACCCCACGGAGAGUGUAGAGCGGUUGGCGGUGUUCCUAGGGGUGGCAUGCAGCAAAGAGCUGUGUCGGGAGAUUGCGCAGUCCUGUGACUUCCGGCAGCAGAAGGAGACAGAGGAGACGCUGGACGCCAUGAAUAAAGAGCUCAAGUUCUACCGCAAAGGCGACAUGAAUGACUGGAAGAACCACUUGACAGUUGCCAUCAGCGAGAGGUUGGACGCGAUUGUGAGAGAGAGAGCUGAUCAUUGUUUGUUCUCAGCCAAGUAUGCUUCAUAGAACACUCAAGCGUUUGGUGCCGAACAUUUCAACACUUGAUACACCAUUCACACCUGUACAGAACACCUGUCACGUGUUCAGAAAUCCACCUGUAUAGUACACGUGUGUCGUAGUUAAAAAUAUCAUGGACGUAGAUAGGUGGACUAAUGUCUGCCGAGACUCACUCUUGGCCUCUUGUGGAGUUCUCUGCGGUCAGUCUCGGCGAACCAGAAGACGACCUGACUUCCGGAAGAGCAGCGAGAAAAUAGAAUUUAACGAGACUUUUGAUGUCGACAAUAUAUUUCUUCUUCUUCUCCUUCCUGUUCCUAUUCGCCCCCAGUGGAGCACAGGGCCGCAACCACACCCCGCCAUCGGACCUGGUUCUGGGCGUCCUUUACAGUUGGGACAAUCUACCCGAAGUGCAUUGCUUUGUUGCACUGUUAACCAAACUUUUACCUAUUUAGAACACAAACUAUUUGCUUCACUAGUCUGAAAUCUCUCUUAUAACAUAAUAAAUAAUAUGAAUCGCACAUAAACAUGGAGAUGUACUAUCACUGAAGUGUUCACAUAUGAGCAUCACCUUGGUCCCUCGCUUAUAAAUAAACUCCGCUUGUACGUGUGGC